UUCCCACCCAAGUUCCAUGACGGAGUCCCAGACUGUGUGACGUGCACAGCCAACCCUCCAUAGAUGAAAACCCAUGGGGAUCCCCACUGCUCCUAGAGCAAGUUGGAAGCUUCACUGACACACACAGUUCCUCAUCAUACACAUACCUGCUUCAGCCCUUCCAAGGCACCCAUUGCCGUCUUCCUUAGCAAGUCUGAGAGGUGGGGUGUGGACGGGCUGGCUCCAGCCACCUCGUCAGCCCCCCCACAGCAAUACCAAGCAGCGUUCAAAGAGCAGAGCAGCCUGCCUCAUAGCCCCAUCCUCGCGGCCUUUGUCAAACCCGACCCCACGUGGGCCUUUGCCUGGCCCUGACCUUGUGGAAGCAGGCAGAGUAUUUCAGCAGCCGCUCAUCCGGCCCAUUAGUGCGGAAGCCCUUGGCUGCCUGUCUCUUGCAACACUCAGCCAGACAGCCCUCACCUGCAGCAGGUGGCCUCAGGAGGCAGGAACAUCUCUGCUUCCUCAACUACCUCCUGCUUGUCCUCUCCAAGAGAUGGCUAUGGAUACCGCCAGGAGUGGAGCCCAGUUGACUCUGGUAGAGCAGAUCCUGGCAGAGUUCCAGCUGCGGGAGGAAGACCUGAAGAAGGUGAUGAGGCGGAUGCAGAAGGAGAUGGACCGUGGCCUGAGGCUGGAGACCCACGAGGAGGCCAGUGUAAAGAUGUUGCCCACCUACGUGCGUUCCACCCCAGAAGGCUCAGAAGUUGGAGACUUUCUCUCCUUAGACCUGGGAGGAACCAACUUCCGGGUGAUGCUGGUGAAGGUGGGAGAGGGGGAGGCGGGACAGUGGAGCGUGAAGACCAAACACCAAAUGUACUCCAUCCCCGAGGACGCCAUGACGGGCACCGCAGAGAUGCUCUUUGACUACAUCUCCGAGUGCAUCUCUGACUUCCUGGACAAGCAUCAGAUGAAGCACAAGAAGCUGCCCCUGGGCUUCACCUUCUCCUUCCCUGUAAGGCACGAAGACAUAGACAAGGGCAUCCUCCUCAACUGGACCAAGGGCUUCAAGGCCUCCGGAGCAGAAGGGAACAACAUCGUGGGACUUCUCCGAGAUGCUAUCAAGAGGAGAGGGGACUUUGAGAUGGAUGUGGUGGCAAUGGUGAAUGACACAGUGGCCACGAUGAUUUCUUGCUACUAUGAAGACCGCCAGUGCGAGGUCGGCAUGAUUGUGGGCACGGGCUGCAACGCCUGCUACAUGGAGGAGAUGCAGAAUGUGGAGCUGGUAGAAGGGGACGAGGGACGCAUGUGUGUCAACACUGAGUGGGGCGCCUUCGGGGACUCAGGCGAGCUGGAUGAGUUCCUGCUGGAGUACGACCGAAUGGUGGACGAAAGCUCAGCGAACCCCGGUCAGCAACUGUACGAAAAGCUCAUUGGUGGGAAGUACAUGGGCGAGCUGGUACGACUUGUGUUGCUCAAGCUGGUGGACGAGAAUCUUCUGUUCCACGGAGAAGCCUCGGAGCAGCUGCGCACGCGUGGCGCCUUCGAGACCCGUUUUGUGUCGCAGGUGGAGAGCGACUCAGGCGACCGCAAGCAGAUCCACAACAUCCUGAGCACUCUAGGGCUUCGACCCUCGGUCACCGACUGCGACAUUGUGCGCCGUGCCUGUGAGAGCGUGUCCACGCGCGCCGCCCACAUGUGCUCAGCCGGACUCGCGGGGGUCAUAAAUCGCAUGCGCGAAAGCCGUAGUGAAGACGUGAUGCGCAUCACGGUGGGCGUGGAUGGCUCCGUGUACAAGCUGCACCCUAGCUUCAAGGAGCGGUUCCACGCCAGUGUGCGCAGGCUGACACCCAACUGCGAAAUCACCUUCAUCGAAUCGGAGGAGGGCAGCGGCAGGGGAGCAGCGCUGGUCUCUGCGGUGGCCUGCAAGAAGGCCUGUAUGCUGGGCCAGUGAAAUCCAGGCCACAAGGACAGGGACCUGGGCUCUAUGGGGACUCGACACCCUACAGAUGCUGCCAGCCCACCAGGGCAGAAGAUCUAUUCUGCUGCUAUCCCUGGAAUAUGGGGAGAGGCCCCUGCAAGCCGAGCAGGCCUUUCUGCAGUCAGUAAUGUGGGACAGCGCUAGGACUCUCAACCUGGGGCAGGGGGCUGGGAAGAAGAAGAGGAUCAGAGGCACCAAAGCCUUUCUUGUUACAAUCAACUACAGAGAAAGGCGUUGCACACUCAGGACUUGCAUUUUCACACUUCUUGCCUCUCACAGCUCUGGGCCUGGCCUCCCUGGUCUCCCAAGGGGGUGCCUCUGGACCUUGCAAUGGUCUGGCUUCCCUGAGAACACACCCUGCAUCGGGAGAUAGCUCCAGCAGCUUGGUCAGACCAGACCUGGGCUCCCCGGAGAGCAAGGGCUGCUGCUCACCCAAGCCUGGCUGUUUUCUUGCCUGUGACCCAAGAGGCUGGGGAGCUGUGGGAAACUGACUGUCCAGCUGCAUGGAGGGGACUUUCCAGGCCGCAAACACCCCAAAGAGACUGUUUCCUUCAUAUACCUCUACCCCUGAGGGACUUAUGGUUCUGGGAUGAACCCUCCCAGGAGAUGCCAGAGGAUAGAGCCCCGGAGUUCCUGUCCUAAGGGGACCAGCAAGGGGAAGUCUCACUCUGCACUAUCAGGAGCUCCUCCUCCUUCGAGCAGGAUGGCGUCUUCGACACUCGAAUCCCUGACCCAGGAGGAAAAGCAAGCCACCCUCAGUACCCCUCCAAGAGACCACCCAGGCAGGCCCCUCUCUCCCUCCCCCUCCCCAAAUACCAUGCCACCUCUCCAUACCAACCUGGGACUGUGGGGGAGUUUUUAAUUAAAUAUUUUAAAAUACUUAAA